AAUACUCCUUCCUUCUUGCCCGCGGGACAAGAAAUCGAUCUGCAUAUUUUCCUCACUUUCCCAGUUCCCUUUCUCCGACCACAUUCCAUUCUCUGCAUCAUAUCUCCGUUUUUCUUCUCCGGCACCGAGAUAUCAUCGAGCAAAAGUCACUCUACCCACUCCAGCUGCUCUCAGUCUAACCGAAGAUCAUGAAGCUUGACACGACUGGUCUCGAGUCGGCUCUGCCGCUCUUCGGCGCGAACUGCCAGAUGGUCGAUGGAUUCACCGCUGCUCCAGCUUUUGACCUUCCCACAACUCUUGACUUCGAUGGUUUCCAGAAGGAGGCUAUACAGAUGGUGAAGCCAGCAAAGGGCACGACCACGCUGGCUUUUAUCUUCAAGGAAGGUGUCAUGGUGGCUGCGGAUUCUCGAGCCAGCAUGGGAGGCUAUAUCUCUUCCCAAUCUGUGAAGAAGAUCAUUGAAAUCAAUCCUUACAUGCUUGGUACGAUGGCUGGUGGAGCUGCCGACUGCCAGUUCUGGCACAGAAAUCUUGGCAUUAAGGUAUGCCGUCUGCAUGAGUUGGCAAAUAAGAGGAGGAUUUCGGUUACUGGGGCAUCGAAGCUCCUCGCCAACAUACUCUACUCUUACCGUGGAAUGGGUCUCUCUGUUGGGACCAUGAUUGCUGGAUGGGAUGAAACGGGUCCUGGUCUAUAUUACGUAGAUAGCGAAGGAGGAAGGCUGAAAGGACCAAGAUUCUCUGUUGGAUCUGGCUCCCCGUAUGCUUAUGGUGUGUUGGACAGUGGGUAUCGGUAUGAUAUGUCAAUCGAGGAGGCUGCGGAGCUAGCUAGAAGAGCUAUAUACCAUGCAACAUUCCGUGAUGGAGCCAGUGGUGGAGUUGCCAGCGUUUAUCAUGUUGGGCCGAAUGGAUGGAAGAAGCUAUCUGGCGACGAUGUCGGUGAGUUGCACUACAAGUACUACCCAGUUACGCCCAGCACAGUGGAGCAGGAAAUGGUUGAAGUAUCUGGAGCAUGAGGUCCUGGGUUAUAUUAUGUAGAGCAGCUGAACUGGGUUUGUUUUUGCAUGCAUCCAUCUAGCUGAGAUAUUGUAAACUGUGCCAGCUGGGACAAAUCUUGUAUCAGAUUUAAGGUUUUUUCCAAGCCAAUGCUAAGUGUUCCAGUUCCUUCUUGCCACAUUGCGAAAGAAAAUGAUUGAACUUGAUUGAAACAGCUUAUCUUCCUUCC